ACUCAGGUCAUCAGGCUUGGCAACAAAUGUUCUUACCCACUGAGUAACUCCCUGUCCCAAAUAUAUUUUGGUUUAGUAUUCUGGAGACUGGGAUGUUGAGAGUCAUGUAGCCCAGAUUGGCUUGGUCUUAUUUUCCUAUCCCAACUCUGGUUCUGGGAUCACAGGCAUGAGUCACCACACCCAGCAUAUUGAAGAAUAACAUCUUUUUUAAGUUGCUGUGUCUGGGAGGCUUGUUGAGUGAAUUGGUGGGAUCAGGUGGCUACCCUCAACUCUUGGAAGUCAGUACCAAAGAACAGGAAUCGUCUGUCUUUCUGUCUUCUGCUUCAGAGUGUAAGUUACAUAAACAAUGAAGUUCCUAUGUUUAAGUGUAUAGGUGCUGGGCUGGGUUUUGGCAGAAUCACUUCCAAUAAACCCACCACCAUUGCCACCUUGUCAUGAUGAGUCAUGCCUGCAUCUCAUCAAGUUGUUUUUUAUGUCCAUUGUAAGCAUCCAUUGAAUUAAGGUGUGGGGAUCAUAUUCAGGGACUCUGUGCUAACAGCAUGCUACCAACUGAGCCAUACCUCCUAUCCCUGAAGUAGGUCCAAGACAAAGGAAGGUGAUUCUAGGUCACCUAGUAGAGGAGUAAACCAGAAGCUGGAUUUCUACCUUAGUUUGGAAAGUAGUUCACAGUGCUGUACCUGCCUGUAGCGCCCCAGUGUGGCUGGCUUUGAAAUCCCAGGGGACUAGGAUGUGUGUUUGAUACAUUGUAAACCCAGAUCUACCCACUUUUUAGGUUUUUUGGCAGGUCAUCUAGUUUUUGUUUUGUAGGAUGAGGGGCAGAGUUUUACUUAGGCAGCACUGGCUGGCCUGGAGCUCCCUAUGCAAAACAGACCGAUUUCAAACUCAGAGGGAUCCACCUGUCUCUCUGCCUCUCCAGUACCAAGAUUAAAAGUGCACCACCACACUCCUAGAUUCACACCUCCAGGUAUAUAGGAGCCCAUGGUGGGUCCCAGGCAGAUCAGCACAGUUGGUAGCAGGAGAUGUAAUAUACAUUGUUUUAAACCUAAUUUAAAGCAUGCAGUAGGCACUCAACAUGAGUCAAUGGGCAGAGAAAGACAAACUCCAAGUGGCUGCAGACUCCUAGCCAUGAGAGCAUAAGAUCCAGGUUCUAGUGCCAGUUGUGGAGGUUUCUGUGGGUGUGGUCCUGGGAAAGUAUUUCUUACUCUGGGUCUGUUUCUUCCACAGGACAGUGGAAUCAGUAGUCACCCUGGCUCUGACACCAUUACACUGCCCCACCCAUGCAAUAGGGGAUUAUUAUAUUUUGAUACCACUUCAUUCAGCUUUCUCUCUUCCUUGCUCUCUUCCUUCAAAUAGAUACAGUAAAUCAAUAAAUUAUGUAAGGGCAGGUUGAAAAUGGAACUGCCGAUGGGCCAGGCUUAUGCAGAGUGCUUCUGCAAGAGCAAUAGAGCCCCCGGACCUUGAACCAAGCAGCAGAAGCUGAAAGUCGGACUAUCAAGUCUCCAUGUUAGUUAAGUGAUACAAUAUCUAAUUUUCUCUUUGUGCAUGCUUCAGAGGCAGAGGGGCAUGCUGUUCAGGAAUUUUCCUGGGUGGAUGAAAGUACGUUUGGGAAAUUGGAUUUUUGUAAGCUUUUAUCUGGCAGAGCCAUUUUUUGCUAGUCUAAACUCAGGAAACGUCUUGGGGUCUUCAUUUGGUGUCCUAUUGCUGAGAAAUUAUUAAGAUUAUAAACCUCAGAAUUUAGGCUGCAAUCUAAGACGAUCGGGAAGUGUGUCUUGUUCAUGGUCCCCGGAGUCCAGCUGUGGAAGUAGAGAACAGUUGUCACACGAGCAUGGUAUUUGCUUCUGUCCUCCCACUGAAUAGAGCUUCUGUGUGGCCUAACUCACAGGGUGGGGCUACUAAUUUGGGGUGGGGGGCAGUGAAACGGAUGUCACAGCUCUGACUUCAGUCUGUGGGUCAAGGGUGGGAAGUGGACAGGAUUUGUCAGCCCUCCAGGUGAUCUGAGUACACACACACACACACACACACACACACACACACACACACACACACACACCUGCAUAAACCUGUAUUCCAUCCAUGGCAAUAUUUCCAACUCUUGGAAAAAUAUUUUCCUUGGAUACAAAUUCUGUUCCUUCUGCUCUUAUUUCCAAAUUCUUGGGACAGUGGGUCAUGGGUUCUUCUCUAUUGGAGUCCUAAGUAAAAGCCAGGCAGGUAGGCUUUCCCUAGAUGUAGGGAGUCUAUGCCUCACGAGCUUGUGAAGGGUUAAGGGAGCCACACCCUCAGCAGGAACAGCCCUGGACUUUGUGCUGAGCAGCCAUCUCUGGCCUCUUCUGAGUGGCACAGGGAGCUGGGGUGAGAGCAGCCAGCACAGAAGGUCGGACAGAGGACGCCUGGCUUCUGACACCAUGGACAGCUCCUGUUAACUAAGACACUGCUUCUUCCUUGGUAUCAGUGGCUCAUACCCUUCCCAUCAGACUGGGACUUGGUCCCCUGCCCCCCACUCACCAAGGGGCACCGAAGUACUCCCUCAUUUCUACUGUUGGGACCCUCUAGCCUCUUGACAUGCCUCUCCUGGAAGGUUCCGUGGGGGUGGAGGAUCUCAUCCUCCUGGAGCCUCUGGAUGAGGAGUCUCUGAUCAAGAACCUCCAACUUCGUUAUGAGAAAAAAGAGAUUUAUACGUACAUUGGGAAUGUGGUGAUCUCCAUGAACCCCUACCAGCAGCUUCCUAUCUAUGGCCCAGAGUUUAUUGCCAAAUACCGGGACUAUACCUUCUAUGAGCUGAAGCCCCACAUCUAUGCUUUGGCAAACGUGGCCUACCAGUCGCUGAAGGAUCGGGACCGGGACCAGUGUAUCCUGAUCACUGGCGAGAGUGGAGCUGGCAAGACUGAGGCUAGUAAGCUAGUGAUGUCCUAUGUGGCUGCUGUCUGUGGGAAAGGGGAGCAGGUGAACUCGGUGAAGGAGCAGCUGCUUCAGUCAAACCCAGUGCUGGAAGCAUUUGGCAAUGCCAAGACCAUCCGCAAUGACAACUCCUCUCGAUUUGGAAAAUACAUGGACAUCGAGUUUGACUUCAAAGGGUCCCCCCUUGGAGGUGUCAUUACCAACUAUCUGCUUGAGAAGUCCAGAGUGGUGAAGCAACUCAAAGGGGAAAGGAACUUCCAUAUCUUCUAUCAGCUGCUGGCUGGAGCAGACACACAGCUGCUGAAGGCCCUAAAGCUUGAGGAAGAUGCACGUGGCUAUGCCUACCUUAAUGGGGAGGUGUCCAGGGUGAACGGUAUGGAUGAUGCCUCCAACUUCAGGGCUGUGCAGAACGCAAUGGCAGUGAUUGGGUUCUCAGAGGAGGAGAUUAGACAAGUGCUGGAGGUGACAGCCCUGGUACUGAAGCUGGGCAAUGUGAAGCUGGCAGAUGAAUUCCAGGCCAACGGGCUUCCAGCCAGUGGUGUCUGUGAUGGGAAAGGUAUUCAGGAGAUUGGGGAGAUGAUGGGUUUGAACUCUGCAGAACUAGAGAAAGCUUUGUGCUCAAGAACCAUGGAGACAGGCAAAGAGAAGGUGGUCACGGUGCUGAACGUCAUCCAGGCUCAGUAUGCUCGGGAUGCCCUGGCCAAGAAUAUUUACAGCCGCCUCUUCGACUGGAUAGUGAAUCGCAUCAACGAGAGCAUCAAGGUGGGCACUGGGGAGAAGAGGAAGGUUAUGGGGGUCCUGGAUAUCUACGGCUUUGAGAUACUGGAGGAUAACAGCUUUGAGCAGUUCGUGAUCAACUACUGCAAUGAAAAACUACAGCAGGUGUUUAUAGAACUGACCUUGAAGGAAGAACAGGAGGAAUAUAAGAGAGAAGGCAUACCAUGGACAAAGGUGGAGUACUUUGACAACGGCAUCAUCUGUGACCUCAUUGAACAUAGUCAGCGAGGCAUCCUGGCCAUGCUGGAUGAGGAGUGCCUGAGACCUGGGGUGGUCAGUGACACCACUUUUCUAGCAAAGUUGAACCAGCUUUUCUCCAAGCACAGUCACUACGAGAGUAAAGUCACCCAGAAUGCUCAGCGCCAAUACGACCGCACCAUGGGCCUCAGCUGCUUCCGCAUCUGCCACUAUGCGGGCAAGGUGACAUACAACGUGACCAGUUUCAUCGACAAGAAUAACGACCUACUCUUCCGAGACCUAUCCCAGACAAUGUGGAAGGCCCAGCAUCCCCUCCUCCACUCCCUGUUCCCAGAGGGGAAUCCCAAGGAAGCAUCUCUCAAACGGCCCCCGACUGCUGGGACCCAGUUUAAGAAUUCGGUGGCCAUACUCAUGAAGAACCUGUAUUCUAAGAACCCGAACUACAUCAGGUGCAUAAAGCCCAAUGACCAGCAGCAGCAAGGCAGGUUCACCUCAGAACUGGUUAUGGUCCAGGCUCGAUACCUGGGGCUGCUGGAGAAUGUUCGGGUGCGCAGGGCUGGCUACGCCUUCCGCCAGGCCUAUAAGCCUUUCCUGGAGAGGUACCGAUUGCUGAGCCGGAGCACGUGGCCGCGCUGGAAUGGGGAAGACCGGGAAGGUGUGGAGAAGGUCCUGGGGUCUCUGAUUUUGUCAUCAGAGGAGCUGGCCUAUGGGAGGACAAAGAUCUUCAUCAGAAGCCCCAAGACUCUUUUCUACCUGGAAGAACAAAGGCGCCUGAGGCUUCAGCAGCUGGCCACCCUCAUCCAGAAGGUUUACCGGGGCUGGCGUUGUCGGACCCACUACCAGCAGAUGCGGAAGAGUCAGAUCCUCAUCUCGGCUUGGUUUCGGGGCAACAAGCAAAAGAAGCACUAUGGGAAGAUCCGGUCAUCAGUACUGCUGAUCCAGGCUUUCGUGAGGGGCUGGAAGGCCCGCAAGAACUAUCGAAAAUACUUCCGGUCAGGCGCCGCCAUCACUUUGGCAAAUUUUAUCUACCAGAGCAUAACCCAGAAAUUCCUCUUGAAUCUGAAGAAGAAUUUGCCAUCCACCAAAGUGUUGGACAACACGUGGCCAGCUGCCCCUUACAGGUGCUUCAACACAGCCAAUCAGGAACUGCAGCACCUCUUCUACCAGUGGAAGUGCAAGAAGUACCGAGAUCAGCUGUCCCCGAAGCAGGUGCAGACACUGAGGGAAAAGCUCUGUGCCAGCGAACUGUUUAAGGGCAAGAAGGCUUCCUACCUCCAGAGCGUGCCUGUCCCUUUCCGUGGUGAUUACGUCGGCCUGCAGGGGAACCCCAAGCUGCAGAGACUGAAGGGCAGGGAGGAAGGGCCUGUCCUGGUGGCAGACACCGUGAAGAAGGUCAACCGUGGCAAUGGCAAGACUUCUUCACGGAUUCUCCUCCUGACCAAGGGGCAUGUGAUUCUCACAGAUGCCAAGAAGUCCCAGGCCCAAAUUGUCAUUAAGCUGGAGGAUGUGGCUGGGGUGUCAGUCACCAGCCUCGAGGACGGGCUCUUUAGCUUGCAUCUGAGUGAGAUGUCGUCGGCAGCCUCCAAGGGGGACAUCCUGCUAAUCAGCGACCACCUGGUUGAACUGCUGACAAAAAUGUACCAAGCAGUGCUGGAUGCCACACAGAGGCAGCUUCCUGUCACUGUGACUGAGAAGUUCUCAGUGAGGUUCAAGGAGGGCAGUGUGGCUGUCAAGGUUACCCAGGGCCCCCAGGGGAGUGGGAACAGAAAGCUGACUUGCAAGAAGAAGGGGAGUAGUUCUAUGGAGGUGACUGUGCGGUGAGAUUGGGACCUCCUGGAGACACAGCUUCUUCCUCUGGAGCAAAACUUGGAGUCUUACUCUUCUGACCAUGAGGUGUGGGGCUUAGAGAUGAAGAACCCUGGAAGAUGCCCCUCUGUUCCCGGGACCUUCUAGAAUUCUUACCCAAAUGCAGCAUCCUCCCAGCUUCAGCCCAUUAAUAAAUGACGUGGUUCACGA